UUGGGCGACGGGGCGGGUUUUUAUUGAAGGGACGGCGGUGGGAAAGAUGGCGGCGGUUCUGGGACCCUCUGGGUGGUGGCGGCAGUGGCGGCGGCGUUUGUCCACUCAGGAUGGGUCCAGGAUGUUGCUCCUUCUUCUUUUGCUGGGAUCUGGGCAGGGGCCAUGGCAAGUCGGGGCGGGUCAAACGUUCGAGUACUUGAAACGGGAGCACUCGCUGUCAAAGCCCUAUCAGGGUGUGGGCACAAGCAGUUCCUCAUUGUGGAAUUUGAUGGGCAAUGCCAUGGUGAUGACCCAGUAUAUCCGCCUAACGCCUGAUAUGCAAAGUAAACAGGGUGCCCUGUGGAACCGGGUGCCAUGUUUCCUGAGAGACUGGGAGUUGCAGGUACACUUCAAAAUCCAUGGACAAGGGAAGAAGAAUCUGCAUGGGGAUGGCUUGGCAAUCUGGUAUACAAAGGACCGGAUGCAGCCAGGGCCUGUGUUUGGAAACAUGGACAAAUUUGUGGGGCUGGGAGUAUUUGUAGACACCUAUCCCAAUGAGGAGAAGCAGCAAGAGCGAGUGUUUCCCUAUGUCUCAGCCAUGGUGAACAAUGGCUCUCUCCGCUAUGAUCAUGAACGGGAUGGGCGUCCUACAGAACUGGGGGGCUGUACAGCGAUUGUCCGCAAUCUCCACUAUGACACCUUCCUUGUGAUUCGAUACGUCAAGAGGCAUUUGACGAUAAUGAUGGACAUCGAUGGCAAACACGAGUGGAGGGACUGCAUUGAGGUGCCUGGGGUCCGCCUGCCCCGGGGCUACUACUUUGGUGCCUCCUCCAUCACUGGGGAUCUCUCUGAUAAUCAUGAUAUCAUCUCACUGAAGUUGUUUGAACUGACAGUGGAGAGAACCCCAGAGGAGGAGAAGCUGCAUCGAGAUGUGUUCUUACCUUCAGUGGACAACAUGAAGCUUCCUGAGAUGACAGCCCCCCUGCCGCCCCUGAGUGGCCUGGCCCUCUUCCUCAUCGUCUUUUUUUCGCUGGUAUUUUCUGUGUUUGCCAUUGUCAUUGGUAUCAUACUCUACAACAAAUGGCAGGACCAAAGCCGAAAGCGUUUCUACUGAACUCUGCUGAUGCCACCAUUUCUGACUGUCACCCAUGAAGUGUGGGAGACCAGGCACUGGCCUAAGCACACAGCCCGGCAGGUCUUUUCCGGCCUAGAAAAUAGCUGGUCAAGGACUUGGUUCUGUCACUGGAGCUUUGAAUGCAGGGACGCUGCAUUCCCAUGGUCACCUAUGGGGACCUCUCACUCUGGUUCAGGAAGCCCACCCACCCCAGGGCAAUGCUGCUGUGACGUGCCUUUCCCUGCAGUCUUUCCACUUAGGAAGGAAGAAGGAUGGAGAGACUAUAUGCGGUUCUGAUACCAAAAUCACAGAAAAAAAUUAUAGCCCAGGCUGCUGCCUUGUGGACUCAGAGGGCCCUUGCACUCAUUUUUAAAUCUGCAGAGAACAAAACACUGAUAACUCGUCAUAUGUUUUGGCCACUCAUUCAUUGGUCCACUUGAAUUUUCUUGGAAUUCUGGGUAGAAAGUCUCUGCCUUGCCUUCCUUUCCCUCCAUUCUUUGUCUUCUCCCAAUGUAAGCGGAGUUGGAAGAGACAUUUGGCCGCCUCCCAGGCCGGAUUUGGGACUACAGAACAAAUAAGUGACUGACACUCAUCAGGCGGCCACCAGUGAGAGGACUUUCUGCACUGGCUUGCUUUUCUAGUCCCACGCCCCACACCCCCCCCCUUUUUUUUUUUUUUUUUUUUUUGUUAGCAUGGUUCUUGGUUCUAUUGAUGUGUUUGUGGUCUUCCCAAGUAGGUCCCUUUAGGUCCUCAGUUGAGUUUGGCUGAAAGUUGGUGUGCAAAUCAAGAGAUGUUUGGAAGAUCUCAUGGAUGCCGUGGAAUUAACUGUGAAACUGACCAGCUUCACAUUUGACACCUAAAGCAAUGUUUGCUGUGAAUUGACCACAUGGGGUUAUUUCUGGACUCGGAGCCUGCUUAGCUGCAUGUUUUGUGUUUAUCAUGAUUUUUGGAAUUCCUCUUUGAGUGUUCAAAAUGUAAGGACACUUUCUUAUAGCCUGGGCUUGGAAACUCCCCAAAGAGGACAUUUGGCUUUUUCCUGGUGGAUUAGAAACAGCCGCUGUUUUCAUGUUGCAAAUCUGGGAGAUCCUCAUCAUCCGUGCCUGGAAGAGUUCAUUGUCACUGAGCAGCAGAGCUGGAGUGUCAUCCUCUGUGGGCCAGCCCAUAUUCCACUGCCUUAUCUGACGGGGGGGUCACGUGCUGCUCACCUGUCUGCCUGUGGUUAAAUCAGCUCACAGGCUGCAGUCUCCCUGGAGGGCCUGGAACUUUGAGCUCUCUAACUGUGUGCUUUUCUGUAGCCUAAGGGAAAUUCUUAAAAUGGCUGAUGGAAACCAAACAUGA